CCAUAAAGGAAAAAGGAAAAUAUUCGUGCAACUGAACAUUCUGGUACUUCUUUACAUAUAAACAGCACAGCAUCAUCAUUCACAUUCUCAUAAAUCACAAGAAUUUGGUCGGCAGCAGUUCGAUCAUGGGUUUCUCAAUCUCACUCUUUUUCCUUCUCUUGCCUCUUUCUUUUCAGUCUUCAUCUUCCCUCUCCUCGUUGAACAAGGGGUCCUCUCUCUCAGUGGAGAAACAAGCACAACACUUUAUUCUCUCACCUAAUCAAAUGUUUUGUGCUGGUUUCUUUCAAGUUGGCGAAAAUGCUUUCUCCUUUGGCAUAUGGUUCAACGAUCCUCACUCUCACAACCCCAUCAAUGUGGUUUGGAUGGCAAACCGUGAUCAACCCGUAAAUGGGAAGCUCUCAAAGCUUUCUCUUUUGAACAGUGGUAACAUCGUCUUGGUUGAUGCUGGUCAAAUCACCACUUGGUCAUCAAAAACAGAAUCACAUGCCCCAGUAAAGUUGCAUCUCCAAGAUGAUGGUAAUCUUGUGCUAGAUGAGCCCCAAGGAACCAUUUUGUGGCAAAGUUUUGAUUUUCCAACGGAUACUCUGCUUCCUGAUCAACCUCUUACCAGAUUCACACAACUUGUGUCUUCAAGAAGCUUCACAAAUCAUUCCUCUGGCUUCUAUAAGCUGCUAUUUGACGAUAACAAUGUUCUUAGUCUCAUUUAUGAUGGCCCUGAUGUUUCAAGCACAUACUGGCCUCCCCCUUGGCUACUCAGUUGGCAAGCUGGAAGAUUUAACUACAAUAGCAGCAGAGUUGCAGUGUUCAAUUCUCUUGGCAGUUUCCUUUCAUCAGAUAAUUAUGCUUUUUCCACCUAUGAUCACGGCACGGUUAUGCCCAGAAGAUUAACACUGGACUCUGAUGGUAACGUUCGUAUGUACUCUAGAAAUGAGGCUUUGAAGAAAUGCUUUGAUCCUGAAAGGGGAAGGAGAUGCUCGUGUUUACCGGGAUACAGAGUGAAAAACCGUAGUGAUUGGUCUUACGGGUGUGAACCCUUGUUUGAUAUUACUUGCAAUGGAAAUGAGUCUACCUUUUUAGAGAUACAGGGCGUUGAGUUAUAUGGCUAUGAUCAUAAUUUUAUCCAAAACAGUACGUACAUGAACUGUUUGAAUUUGUGCUUGCAAGAUUGUAACUGCAAAGGGUUUCAGUAUAGAUAUGAUGAGGGGCAAGGAUUUAGCUGCUACACAAAGUUACAGUUGAGGAAUGGAAGGCAUUCACCAGGAUUUAGUGGAACAAUUUCGCUGAGACUGCCAAAAGGAAAUAACUUCUCCAAGGAGGAAUCUGUGAGAGCAGAAGAUCAUGUUUGUUUGGUGCAGCUUCAAAAGGGCUAUGUUACAAAACCAGAAAAUUGUUAUGUGAGAUUCUUUUUGUGGUUUGCUACUGCAGUUGGAGUUUUAGAAUUGAUUUGUCUUUCCAUGGUUUGGGGUUUCUUGACGAGGACGCGCCAAAAGUCUAGUGCAGAUCAACAAGGGUACCAUGUUGCUGCAGUGGGAGUCAGAAAAUAUAGUUAUUCAGAGUUGAAGAAGGCGACGAAGGGGUUUAGUGAAGAGAUUGGAAGGGGUGGAGGAGGGGUUGUGUACAAAGGUAUUUUAUCAGAUGAAAGACAUGCAGCAAUUAAGAGACUGAAUGAAGCUAAACAAGGAGAAGGAGAAUUCCUUGCUGAAGUGAGCAUCAUUGGAACGCUUAACCACAUGAACUUGAUUGAAAUGUGGGGAUAUUGUGCUGAGGGAAAGCAUAGGUUGUUGGUGUAUGAGUAUAUGGAGAAUGGUUCUUUGGCAAAAAAUCUCUCAUCCAACUCUCUUGAUUGGAGUAAGAGAUACAACAUUGCCCUUGGAACUGCAAGAGUUCUGGCAUAUCUUCAUGAAGAAUGCUUGGAGUGGAUUUUGCACUGUGAUAUAAAGCCACAGAACAUACUUCUUGACGCUAAUUAUCAACCCAAGGUAGCAGAUUUUGGCCUAUCGAAGCUAGUGAACAGGAACAACCUGAAUAACAGUUCAAGGUUUUCAAUGAUAAGAGGAACAAGAGGGUACAUGGCACCUGAGUGGGUUUACAAUUUACCAAUCACUUCGAAAGUGGAUGUUUACAGCUACGGAAUUGUUCUUCUGGAGAUGGUAACUGGAAAAAGUCCAACAAUUGGCGUUCAAAGCAUUGAUGGAGAAGAAUCAUACAAUGGAAGGUUGGUAACAUGGGUGAAAGAGAAAAGGAGUGGCACCUACUCCUCUUGGCUGGAACAAAUCAUUGAUCCUGCAAUUGAAACAAACUACAAUAAAUUUAAGAUGGACCUUUUGGUUAGAGUGGCUUUGGCUUGUGUUGAGGAAAGUAAAGAUUUGAGACCCACCAUGAGUCAAGUUGUCGAAAUGCUUCAAAGCCAUGAAAGUAACCCUAAAUCAUAAUAAUGGUGUGCACCAUGUUAACUCUUCAACAUUACAUUCCAAAUAUUAAUAGGAAGAGAGAUUAUACAUACAUACAUAUAUAUAUAUAU